AUGAAGUUCUCCAUUUUUGCCGCUUUCCUGUCUCUGGCUGGCUUUGCAUCUGCUUCCAGUAUUGCAAGUCGUCAGAACUGCCCAGAGGCCACGCGUUUCGGUGUCGUUAUUGUUAACCCAACCACAGUCAAACCGGGUGAUACGAUCAACAUUUCUGUUGACUUUACCUGCGGGGUGAAGACUUUUGGGAUCAUUCCGUCGUUUUUGGAUUUUACGAUUGAGGUUUCAUCCGAUGCCAAUAACGGAUUCGAGCAGCCUAUUGUUCUGGCUCGACGUACCAUCCCCGCAGGAGCCCUUUCUGAUUCAUUCACAACUACGAUACCUCAUGGAUUUUAUGUUGCUAAUGCACCAUAUAACAUUGUUUUGACCAACAUUUACAACAUUGACGGAACCGAUGGAAGUCCCGUUCUUGUGGAGGGUGGCGUCCUCCAUUUUAUUGACAUCGAUGUUUAA